AUGAUGCUAGAUGAUGGUGUUACACUAGAUGCCUGGGCAAGGGACAACUCAGCAGUUGCUCAGUUCUAUGAUAACCUCAUACAGGACCUUUCAACAAACCAGACAUUCAAACUCCUCAGAGAUAUUUUAAAACCACAGCUUGAUAACCUAGCAUCUAGGACAGAGCUCCAAGGUGCAUUGUGUAACGUAUCUGCCCUAACUGAGAUCCUAUCUGAUGCUAACAUGGCAGGUCUUGUCAGCACUGCAGUGUGUGGACAGACAGCUGAUUGGUUCAAAUUACUCUUGGACAAUGGGGUACCAAUGAGCAGCCUUCAGGAUAUUUUGAAUAAGUUGUAUGUCUACCUCUAUGCAACACUAGGAGAAACUGAGAGACCAGCCAGAGCAAAUGUCAACUUUGAGGACCUGGCCAGUAAUGUAGACAAAUUCAUCAAGAUGCUUACAGGGCAAGGUAUUCCAGAAGGUUUCAUCCCAGGGACCAAUGUGACUUAUCUGGAACAAUUGUUCUCACAAUUUGGCAGUGCCCUUGAGAAAGGAGCCUUUGAUAUAGCAUCUGGUGUAAUGACUUUAAUAGAUGGCGUGAUUGGAGGUGAUGAGGUAUGGAAAGCUAUCAAGGAUAACCUCCAUCAACAGUCUGUUUAUAUGAAAUUUGUCAAUUCUUACCUCAACAAACUAGAAGUUGAAGGGGGUCUUGUGAACAUAUCUAGUAUAAUACCAGAUGACACAAGCCUGGUGAAACUGUUGAACAGUAUUCUCAGUGCGGAGGGGGCGGCGCAGAUGUUAGCUGCAGGGGUACAACCAGACCAGUUCAUCCAGCUGCUGAACCACAAAAACUGGCAAGCAAUAGUGUGUGAUAAGGGAAGGUUUGAUCAGACCUUUGUCUUUCCCCUGGGGACUGAUGCAGACAAAGAACUCAUCCGCGUAGGCCUAUGUGAUUCCGCCACAUCAAAUAGUUCCACCAUCAUCAGUGACAUUGUUAAAUUGUUUAACUUUGAUGAAUUGCUAAUGCAGACCAUUGCUGGAACUGCACCAAGUGAUCCAGAUAGAGUGAUUCCAGAUUAUUUCAAACAGCUUAAACAGUUCUGGGCCAACAUAGAUGUCCUACUUAGUAUUACAGGAGUGACUUCUACCAAUUUGGCUGACACAUGGGCAAAACUGUAUAACUUUGCGGCUGGCUUAGGAGAGUUAGAAUCUGAUAAUUUUGUUGGAAUGUGUGACAUCAUACUGCCGCUAGCCCAGAGUGAGACUUGGUACAAAACAUAUAUUAAACCCUACCUCUCCCAAGUGAUCUUGGCUACUGAGAUUGCAAACCAACAGUUAGAACUUCUACCUGAGAUUGAGAGGUUGUUCUGUGAUAUAGAGACUCUUAAUCUGACUGGAUUCUACUAUAGAUUGGAAGACAUGGGACUAUUAGAGACCAUCAAUAAGAUUGUCAAUGAGACUAUAAACAGCACAGUUAUACCAGAAGACAAAACAUGUAGUAGGAUAAUGAGGCUUCAAUAUGACCUCAUGGUUGUCACAAAUAGAACACAAUAUGAACUGGAAGGAUUUGGAGACAGGGUUGGCAAGUGUGUCUUGUCUACUACACUGGCUAACCUCACCAUUGUCAGAGACCUGGAUGAGUUGCUGUUUUUAGCUAACGAGAUUAAUGGCCUUAUGUCGAAUGAGGCCAUACAGAACCUGUUCCGCAUGGACCUCCUUUCUUUGGCACCUACCAUCAACUCACUGUUGGAAGGUCUCCUUCAGCAAAGACAAGUAUGGCUGAAACUGGAAGAUGUUCUCAAAGGAGAUGCCAACUUGGAGCAGACACUUUUAGAUGUAGCGUCCCUCAGUCCUGAUCUUAUCUCAGCAAUUUUGAAAUCUACCAUCAACCUUGACCUGCUGUCCAUUAUCAACAACACAGCAGAUGAUUUGAAAGCUAUUCUGUGCAACUCUUCAAAAUUAGAGGAAUACGUUCGUCUGCCACCAGGGCUCCAAUCGGAUGUUACAUCUGAGGCUUUCAACAAUGCUUUCUGCAAGUCUAACAAUGCUACCCUCGUGAAUGACCUCACUCAGGCUAUUGAUGUUGGAAGACUUGCCUUCCAAUGGGCUAUUGCCAAUCGGGAAGGAUUCCUUGAUCCAAACUGGUUGAAAAAUCUGACAACUGAAUUGUCCAUGGCUUUCAAUUGGUUCAGAUCUGUUCCUCAACUCCAAAAUUUUAUUGAUGAUUUGACGUCUGGGAGGUUAGAGGAUGUGUUACCAGAAUUCCAGAAGUUCCUACUGCAAAAUGACCCAUCUGUGUUUUAUUCAAGUGUUGAGAUGGUCCUUCAACUAUUGAGUGAGGGCACCAGUAGCUCAGACCCUACAGCCAGUAAGGUGUUCCAUGAUCUUAAAGUUAUAGCCAAUGCUGCCAGGGCCUUACAGACAGUACAGACCUACAUGCCUGUCACUGUGAGGAUGGAAGACCUACUGAAGAGUAGAGAUGCUGUAAGAGACUAUUUAAUGAAUACAUUGGGAAUCAGUCGGAACACCACAGAGGCUCUCUUGACUGCCUCUGUAUCAUACGCUGAGCUGAUGAACACAACUGGUGACACUUUUACUGACACAUUCUGUAAACCAGACCAACUUGGGCAGCUGUUUAUCUUUGAUGACGCAGCUGUGAAUGUAACAGACAUCAGUGGGCAGCUGUGUGCUCUCAAUCAGACACAGAUGUCUGGGUUGUUGGACUUUGUCUUGCAGGAAGCAAACAUUGGCACGAUGCUUCAACAGAUGUUAACACUGAGUCCAGACAAAAUCCUAGCAAAGGCCAACCUGACACAGCAAGAGGUGACCAACCUGGUGACAAACCUAACAGAGAGUUUAUCUGAAGUCAGAACAGACCUAAAUAGUCUUGUAAGCUCAUUCAAGAACCUCUCACAAGUAGCAGAUAUCUCAAAUAUUGCUAGUAUAUCAGCAGGACAAAUUGGAUUCAGUGAUAGUGAGAGUCUCAAGUCAAUGAGUCAGAUGCUAUGUGGAACAGAAGAUGCCCUAGCAUUCACUGAUGACUUUGGACUAUCAGGAGAUUUUGGUAUAAAUGAUCAAAGGGCAAUAAAAACUGAAAAUGGAGAGGCAGUUGCUGAUAUCUCUCAGUUUAGUGAAAAGCAGAAGAAAGAAUUGGCAUCAUUUUCAAGCCAAUACUGCAAAGACAUGUUCAUCAACAUCCAGACCUCAGACAUUGGCUCUAUCAUCUGGACAUACAUAAAGCCUCUCAUCAGAGGAAAGAUCCCAUUCUCCCCCAACAACAAGCUCACCAGGGCUAUCAUGAAUGAGGCUAACCACACAUUCACUGAGAUAGUACAGCUUCAGGAGUUUGCAUAUUCCAUUCUGAAUGGGACUGAUGGUCUAUAUCAGUUAGUUAACAGCUCAGAUAGCUUGAAGAAACUCCAGGCAAGCAACUCUCCAAUAAUUGACUCGGUGGUAAGCGGGAUGCCUGACACAGGAGACCUGAUGGCUUCACUAGACUCCUUUACUGGCUACACGACUGAAGACGUAGACACCAUGGUAACCUUGGCUCAGCUUAUGCUGGAUGUCACUGAGUGUAUAGAAUUGGACAGGUUUGAAGGAUUCGACACAGAAGAAGAGAUGGAAAAACGUGCACAGGAGUUAAACUCUGAUAAAUCUAUGCUUGCUAGUGUUGUGUUCCUGAACGUUGAUGAUGAUGCUACUGGUCGAAGAAGGAGACAAGCUGACACUACAGGAGAUGGAAUUCCUAAACACAUUCAAUAUAAGAUCAGAAUGGAUAUUGAGAAUGUGCAUGUGACCAACAGGCUUAGAGACUUACAAUACGUCCCAGGACCAAAAGAUGACUUUGCGACAGACAUGCGCUAUAUGCGGGGCUUCGUUCAGCUGCAGGAUAUGAUUGAUACUGCAAUAAUUAAUAUUCACACGGGGAGAAACAACUCUGCACCUGUUGUGAAUCUUCAGCAGUUCCCUUAUCCAUGCUAUGAGGAUGACUUCUUCCUGAGUAUAUCAGGUACCUACCUACUGCCUCUGAUGUUGUGUCUUUCUUGGUUGAUCAUCGUUGGCUCUGCAGUCAGGCAAAUUGUCUAUGAUAAAGAACUCGGAUUUGAAGAGACGAUGAAAGUGAUGGGUCUAAAUACUGGUAUCAACUGGUUCUCCUGGUUUGCUUCCACCUACAUUUGGAUGCUGAUCCUCUCUGCUAUCAUCGUCCUCAUCCUCCACUUUGGCAACAUCUUGCGCCAUAGCGACCCAUUCAUCAUCUUCCUGAUGAUGGCCGACUUCUCCUUAGCAACUCUUAUGUUGGCGUACCUUGUGAGUGUCUUCUUCCAUAGGACAAACAUUGCUGCUUUAACCGCCAUCAUUGUCUACCUCAUCUCAUAUCUGCCCUUCGUUGUGAUGAGCACUCUGAGUCUUCAUCUGGAAUUCUGGGCCCGGACUCUAGCUUGCCUGUGUGCCACAUCGGCAUUAAGUUUUGGAGGUAAAAUAAUCAGCCAUUUGGAGCUAGAGGGUCGUGGUCUCCAAUGGGACACCAUGUAUAUCGACUAUGGCAACCCAGGUUUUAAUGUCAGCUGGACUUUGAUCAUGAUGCUUAUCGAUGCAGCUAUUUAUGGUUUCCUAGGCUGGUAUAUACGGAACGUAUUCCCAGGCAAAUAUGGUAUGCCACAGCCGUGGUAUUUCCCAUUCUCCCCUAGAUACUGGGGUUGUUGCCUUGGUACCAGUGGAAGUAGUCGUGGCAACAGAUACAAAACAAACAUGUUUAAGAACUAUGGCUUUGAUGGUGAUGGGGAAAAAGAUCCCAGUAACUGGAUGAACGAGCGGGAACCACAAGAUCUUCCUAUAGGAAUUGAGCUAAUUGAACUGCGCAAGAAAUUCAAGAAAAAUGUGGCUGUUAACAAAUUGUCAGCUAGAUUCUAUGAAGGCCAAAUCACAGCAGUUUUAGGCCACAAUGGAGCUGGGAAGACAACAACUAUCAAUAUGUUGACUGGUAUAUUCCCGCCUUCAUCUGGAUCAGCUAAUAUAUAUGGCCGUGAUAUCAGAACUGAUUUUGGAAAGAUACGACAGAGCCUUGGAGUUUGCCCGCAGCACGAUGUUCUCUUUGACUACAUGUCUGUUGAAGAGCAUCUUAAGUUCUAUGCAACACUGAAAAGUGGCAAGCCCUGGUACAAGGUUCACCAAGAAGUGUUGGAUAUGAUAGAAGCAAUGGGCCUAGAGGAGAUGAAAUCAGUAAAGGCCAAGCAUCUCUCUGGUGGAAUGAGACGUCGUCUCAGUGUGGGUAUUGCCUUUAUUGGUGGCUCCAAGACAGUCAUUCUGGAUGAACCCACAAGUGGUGUAGACCCGGCAGCCAGACGUAGCAUAUGGGACCUGAUUGUUAAGAACAGAGAAGGACGUACCAUUCUAAUCUCAACCCAUCAUCUAGACGAGGCAGACAUUCUUGGAGACCGUGUUGCAAUUAUCCAUCAGGGGCAGUUGGUUUGCAUUGGAUCUCCAAUGUUCCUUAAGGCUCAGUUUGGCAGUGGCUACCAUCUAUCCUUGUCAAAGGCAGGAUCAAAUGAAUGCAACUCAGAUGAGGUGCUCGAGUUUAUCAAGCAGUAUGUCAAUGAAGCCUUCCUCCAGGAGGAGGUUGGCACAGAGCUCACAUACAUCCUUCCUGUGGACAAGGGCCAGACUGUGUCUUUUGAGAGGUUCUUUACUGCCCUUUCAAAGAGGGCUGAGGGUCUUCGUAUUGCAUCUUACGGUGUCUCUGAUACCACUCUUGAAGAGGUAUUCCUGAAGGUGACUAAAUGCUCAGAGUAUGGUAUUCCCCUUGAUGUGGAAAAGAUCCGGCAGUGGCACCCCAAAGAGCUUGACGAGCGCAUGACUGAGGGUGGUUCGAUACAUAGCAGUCAAGGAAGCAGUUCUGGAGCUAGCGGGAGUAAAAGGGACAUCACUAGCAGGCCAAGCUCCGUCUCUGGUGCCACUAGUGCUAGCAAUACUCAACUUACGACUACAGGCAGACUGGGUUCGGACAAAAAGAAAAUCUCAAAAACCCAGCAGAUAUCUGCCUUGUUCUACAAACGUGCUCUCCACACAUUGCGGGAUUGGAAGACGUACAUCAGUAUGAUCCUCCUGCCAAUCUGCUUCAUGGCGAUGGCUGUUGGCUUUUCUCUCAUUAAACCUAUCCCCACCAAUCAGCCCUCUUUAAUCAUGACACCAUCAAUCAUGAAAGAUACCAACUUCUUCAUGAGGCAUGACAACCCUACUGACUUUAACAAGGACCUGUUAAACACGCUGAUGAGUGACCCUGGCCUGGGGACAGUCUGCAUGGAUAAUAUGGGAGAAUUACAUGAUGAGUAUUGUGUUGAGAGGGAGAUGAAAUGGGAGAGAGAAGAAGGGUAUCUGCCCGAUUGCUUCUGCCAGGACGCCACCUACAUAUGCUCUGCGUCCGAUCAGCAGGCCCACCCUAUGUACACCAGCCUUAACACUAGUACUACAGUCUAUGACCUCGAUGGAUAUAACGUCAACGAAUACCUGUUGAAGACUCAAAAAGAUUUCAUUAUAAGAAAGUAUUUGGAUAUGCGAUCAUCAAGCAGUAAUUUAUCAGAAUCAAGGUAUGGAGGGCUUACAUUUGGGAACCCACUGUCUGAUGCCGUGUCCGAUCAGACAAGUACAGUAUGGUUCAGCAAUGAGGCGUUCCACGCCUUGCCGGCAUACUUUAAUGGGAUGAGUAAUGCUAUUCUGAGGGGAAUGGUUGGCCAAAUGAAUACUAACGAUGCAUCAGAGUAUGGUAUCACAACAUUUAACCAUCCUCUAAGCCUAACUGAAGAACAACUUUCUGCAGAUUCACUGCUAUCAAAGGCUGCUGACACUGGUAUCUCUCUGACUAUCAUCUGUGCAUUCAGUUUUGUGCCAGCUGGAUUUGUCAUCUAUCUGGUCACUGAGAGGGUCAGGCAGGAAAAGCAUCUUCAAUUCAUCAAUGGUGUUGGUCCUUUCAUGUAUUGGACAGUCGCUAUUGUCUGGGACAUGACCAUUUUCCUCAUCCCAGUUGGCCUUGCUGUUAUCAUCAUGUUGAUAUUCAACAUUAAUACUUAUGUGGCCAAUCUCAACCUGGCUGCUCAUGCUGUGCUGCUGUAUCUCUUUGGAUGGGGAACCAUACCUCUGAUGUACCUGCUAAGCAGAGCUUUCAAGGACAAUACAACUGCCUACAUGGCACUGUUCUGUUUGAACAUGUUCAUAGGCAUCCUCACUGCCCUGUGUGUCUUCAUGCUAAGCAUGUUCCAAGGAAGGGAUCCGAUGAUUAAGGCUGCAUACGAAGUGAUGCAAUAUGUGUUACUAAUCUUCCCUCAGUAUUGCCUUGGAGCAGGAUUGGUGGAUCUUACCAAAAAUCAACUCAUCGCAGAUAUAUUCAUAAGAUUCGAUACCGAUCGUUACGUCAACCCAUUUUCCUUUGAUAUGAUUGGCUGGCAUCUGGUGGCUCUCGGGAUUGAAGGUCUUGUGUUUUUCAUCAUCAACUUGCUGAUAGAAGUCCGUUCCUCAUGUUGCAUGCCUAGUGGACGUGGAAUGUCAGCGAAGCCCAACCAUAAGGAGGAUGAUGAUGUGGGACUUGAACGUCAGAGAGUAGUGACAGGUGAUACCAAUGACGAUGUCCUAAUCAUGAAGAAUCUCUCAAAGACCUACAAGAAUGGCUUUAAUAGGAUUCAUGCUGUGAAUAAGCUCUGCUUUAGUGUCAGGAGGGGAGAGUGCUUUGGUCUAUUGGGAGUGAAUGGAGCUGGUAAGACUACUACAUUCAAGAUGGUUACUGGAGCCACCUCACCUACAUCUGGGGAUACCUACCUACAGGGUGUUAAGACAACCAACAACAUGGACAACUUGAAUAAUGAGAUUGGUUACUGUCCCCAAUUUGAUGCGUGUGACCCACUUCUGACUGGUAAAGAAAUGUUGAACUAUGUGGCAGCGCUGGUUGGCAUCCCAGACAAAGAGAGAAAACAGAUCGUUGAGUCUGCUAUAAAUAGACUAUCACUGAGGAAAUAUCAGAAUAUUGUUGUGAAAAACUACAGUGGAGGAACCAAGAGGAAGCUUUCUGUUGCCAUGGCAUUGAUAGGGGAACCAGCUGCUAUAUUACUGGAUGAACCUACUACAGGUAUGGAUCCAGGUACAAAGAGGCUGGUGUGGAACAACAUAUUAAAGGCUGUCAAAUCUGGACGUUCUGUGAUGCUGACUUCACACAGCAUGGCUGAGUGUGAUGCUCUGUGCACCAGAGUGGCUAUUAUGGUAAAUGGUCAAUUUGUCUGUAUGGGUAGCCCUCAGCAUCUCAAAAAUAAAUUUGGAGAAGGUUACACUGUUACCCUGAGAGUAGAGAACAAGGCCUUGGAUGACAUACAUAGAACCAUAGAAGAUUUCAAGAGAUUAUUCCCUGGAGCACAACUGAAGGAUCACCAUUACACAAUGCUCCAGUUCAACGUACCUGUAUCCUCUAACAGUCUGGCUCAGUUGUUUGGUACACUUGAAGAGGAAAAGAACAACAUAGGGGUAGAGGACUAUUCAGUUUCACAGACUUCACUUGAACAGGUGUUUGUCAACUUUGCAAAGAGGCAGGGGGAUGGAACACAGGAUGAUGAUUUGGAAGGUAUCGAGAUAGAACUUGACCCCCCAGGCCACCCCCAGGGCUUCAUUAAUAAUACCUAUAACAGGGACGUUGUCCUACCAGAAGAGAACCCAGAAAAAGCAGAUCCACUUUACGCUGAAGUACGUAAAGAACGUGUUAAUCGCACAGCCUCGGAUCCUAUCGAUGAUUCACAGUUUGAACCAGUGGUAACUGUGGAUAACACCAUAGGAGGGGCUUCCCCUAGGAGUAUUUCACCCAGCGUAACCACUGGGGGCCCAUCAACCUCUGCUGCAGGAUCAGUAGACCCAGAUUAUGAUAAUGUUACCAUAAACAGUACCAACACUGGUGGACAGAAGGAGAGAGCUGUGGAGAAUUAUUACGAUAAUGCUCCUGAAAAGACUACUAAUCAACGUUCCCCUUCCCCACCAUAUCCAGAAAACUGGCCCAAGAAGGAUCGACCAGAACAUACGACAGUGAUCAACUUAUAAAAUUGACCACAUCAUAACAUGUACAAUACAGGGUGGUCCAACAUAAGGUGACCUAUACCUGUGUUAAUGUUACACUGAACAGCUAGGACACCCUUUUCUAUAUUAAAGACCAGAUCUAGGACAGUUAGAGAAACAAAUUAUUAAAACAUUAUGAUAUAUGAGCUUUAUAUAGUGCAGUAUGUUCAGAAGGAUAUGAGCUAUGUACAGUUGCUACUCUAUUAUUUCAUAUCAGAUUCGAAGUCCUUUUAGGUGGUCCACAUAUUUGAUGGCUUAAUGGAGUAGGGUUUAGUUCAAAUUAUUUUUUAUUGUUAACUCAAAAGCUGGAGAAAUUUUAGAAAGCCCAUCAUUUUGUGAUGUG